AUCGACUGUUUAUUUUGAUUUUCAAUUUAACUUUAAUGUUUAUUUUUGAGAACUAAUAAUUUUGAUAAACUAUUUAUUUCUUGGAUAUUUUUUUUUUAAACUUAAACUGUGUGCUUUGUGCAAUGAAGAAUUCAGAAAAUGUAUUUGAUGUCACAUUAGAUGAUGAUAUAUGGAAGGAUUCAUUCGAUCGCCUUCUUAACAAAAGAUCAUUACUUCGAGAGCUAAAUGUAAUAAAAAAUAAUGUACGCAUAUCAUUCAAUAAUGAUAGCAGUGUUGAAGUAUCAAGAGAAAAUAUAUCUGGUUCAGAAAAAAUAGAAGACAAACAAUUACGUAGAAGAAUAUCUGGAUCUAUUUCAACACCUAAAUUUAUCCACAAAGCUUAUGGACCUUUUGACUGCACCUUAUCUCCCAUAUCUGCCUGGCGACUAACAAAUGCAAAUCCAAAAGAUCAAUGGAACUCAACAUGUCAACUUAAGUCAACAAUUUUGGAUAGAGUUACUGAAUCUAUUGAUGAUAAUACACCUUCAUCAACUAAAAGCUUAUCGGCGAAAUCCAAUUCUAUACCUAUAGUCGAUAUAAACGAAGGCAACAAGACUAAUACUGUGCCAGCAAUUUUGAUUGAAGAUAAAACACCCUCAUCAACCAAAAGCCUAUCGAGGAGAACCAAUUCUAUACCGAUAGUAGAAAUAAACGAAGACAACAAAACUGACACCAUUGCAUCGAUUUUGAUUAAGGAUAACACUCCUUUAUCAACCAAAAGCCUCUCCACGAAAAUCAAUUCUAUACCGAAAAUAGAUUUAAACGAAGGCAACGAGACUGAUACAUUUGCAUCAAUUUUGAUUGAAAACACAUGUGUGUCUAAAGUAGAAGACCUUCGAAAUUUGAGUGUGGUACUGCCACCAGGAAAAUGGCGUAGAUCGCUCACGGUUUGGAAACGACUUAAUCAACCCAAAUAUGAAUGUUUAGAAAGUUCCUUAACAAACAACACUGAUCGUUUUACUCUCAACAUUCGAAAUUCACGAAAAACGUGCUCCCUUAAUCGUAGAACAGCUUCAGUGAUAUCUCCUAGACGAAAAAGCGAACUUGAGUUGUUGAAAAUAUGCAAACAAACUACAGUUUUGUCUUUUUCAAGUCUUUAUUCGAAUACUGGUCUGCGAAAUUGCAGAAAAAUAGGAGAAGGUACAUAUGGAGAAGUGUUUGUCAAUUCAGAAAAAAAUAAUGAACAGACUGUGAUCAAGAUAAUACCCAUCGAGGGAGAAAUUAAUAUCAAUGGAGAGCCUCAAAAGACUUUCGAAACUAUUUUACCUGAAGUUUUGAUUACAAGUGAGCUAAGUAAAUUAAGGCAAACUAAAACAUUUUCGUCAUCAGGAUUUGUUUUUCUCAAAAAUGUACGUUAUUUCCGUGGCAAAUAUCCAGACUAUUUAAUAGAAUUAUGGGAUUUGUUUGAGCAAAAUUAUGGAUCCGAGAAUGAUCAUCCUGAAGUUUUCAAAGAUGAUCAGCUUUAUAUAUCGCUGGAAAUUGCUUUUGGUGGCAAAGAUUUAGAAGGUUAUGUUUUUAAAAACUCGGAACAAGCUUAUUCAGCAUUUUUGCAAGUUGCUUUCAGUUUGGCUGUAGCUGAAAAAGUUUUAGAAUUUGAACAUCGUGAUUUACAUGUUGGGAAUAUACUAAUACAAACAACAAACGAAAAGACUGUUGAAUGCACCCUUGACAAGAAAACAAUACGUAUCCCAACAAAUGGCGUCAAAGCUACUAUCAUUGAUUAUACUCUAUCAAGAAUAUUAUUGAACAAGUGCAGUUUUUACAACGAUCUUUCGGCAGAUGAAGAAUUAUUUUGUGCCAAAGGCGACUAUCAAUAUGACAUCUAUCGUUUAAUGAAGGAAAGACUAAAUAAUAACUGGCAAAUAUAUGAACCUUACACGAACGUUCUGUGGUUACAUUACCUUCUAAUCAAACUAGUAGACUGUGGUAAAUAUAAAAAUUUCAGAUCAAAGCAACAUAAGCUUCACAUAGAACGACUGAAAUUGAUGAGAGAUUCAAUAUUGAGUUGCAGCAGCGCAUAUGACUUUUCAACUAAUUUACAGAUUUAGACUAUUUUGAUAUUAUUUAUUUUAAAUGAUUUUAUUUACUUAUGUGUACAAUACAAAUAAUAUACAAA